AUGGGUGAGCGAGUUAAGGACCGAGUGAGAGACGUUGUGGAACAGAAGGUCGAUACACUGCACAAGAUAGCAGAUGUUGUGACUUUUCCUUUAGCCCCAGUUGACGGUGCAAUUCAUGGGGUUGCUCGUGGUCUUCUCAACUGGCUCACUGAUGCUCAUCCUGACGAGGACAAACCCAAACCCGAGAGCAAGCCUUCUUCCAAUACCUAUGCUCCACCCCCACCACCUCCUUAUCAAGGCUAUCCUACUCUUCCUGCACCAGGGUAUGCGCCACCAUCUCAGUAUGCUAAUUGUUAUCCUACUCCUCCUCCACCAUCUUCUCAUUAUAGCCUUCCUUCACUGCCUACUCCUGCUUCUGCGUACGGUCCCCGCGCCUACUAG